UAAGAAAUGGUUGAGGCGGAGACCUACCAGUGUUAGCUCAAGCCUUGCAAGGGGAAGAUCUUAGUGCAAGUGCAAGGCUUCCCGGAUACCUGAGUGUGUGUGAACGAGAAUGAGUACUGGAAAACCGCAGACCAUGAGUUGGCGGACGCGCACACCGAGGAGGCCGCCAAUGUCCCUGCGACGCCUCAGCCACCUCCGUCUGACCUCCCUCCUCUCUGGCGCCGUGGCUCACCCCUCUGCAGGUCCCGAGGCCAUAGCCACCGCGGGGUCCCUGCUGCGUGCCUGCCUGCCGCCCCGGGUCCUCACAGCCCUACUGAAGGACGUGACCUCCUCCCCGGGCCACGCCGCAGACCCCGGCCUUGCUGUCUCCCUCCUACGACUCAACAUUACCGCCGACGUGACAGACCUGGAGAUCAGAGGGCAGGAAGGGGAAGCCACUUACCUGCUGGAGCGGAAGUGUGAGGUGCUUAUGGAGGAGGUGCAGGCUAUGGAGGAGCUGCGCCUGGAGACUCUGCAGCUGGAGGGCGUGUCACUGAAGCCUGGUCUCCUCUCUUGUAUUCUCAAAAGGGCGCCAUGUCUUCGUUCUCUGCAAGUGUCUGGAGCCCUAGCCGAAGAAGCCCUUGGUCACCUGAAGAGCAAUACUUGUGGGCUUCACUCUCUGCAUCUUCACUCAUGUAGCGUGACCGAUGAGGAGGUGGUCAGUGCCCUCGUGCAGCCUCACAUGACCCUGAGUGACAUGGCUGAGGUCAUCUGGUCUGGUGAGGGCAUGGCGAAGUCUGGUCGAGUUCGGGCAUCAUCCCUGAGGCGGGUGACGAUCAUCUCUCCGUCUCUUUCUUUGGGCGGCGCCAUGGUGCUGCUGCGUACCCUCCCGCACCUCCAGGACCUCCACUACACCUGGCUGGUCCCUGUGUGUGAGUCCAUCCGGCUCCUACAGCAAUUAUGCCCCGCCGUGACCUCCUACGCCAUCUCCCACCUCGACCUGUCCCUGGUGUCCACUGACGUGCUGACGGGCCUGCCAACGCUGUGUCCAGGGCUCCGUAGUCUGCAGAUUGAAGGUUUUGACUCGAAUGUAGUUCACCUAGAUGCUCUGGCGGAGUUCACAAACCUCACGUCGCUAUCCCUGCGUCUGGUGCCCGAGCCUUUCAUCGUCUCGGCCGUGAGGGCGGUGGGACACAACCUCCUGAAGCUGAGGAUAGAGUACGAGGAGUGUGUCUUCAAGCUGUUCUCAUUUGCCGCCUUGAAGACCCUCCAGGAGUACUGCCGGGAGUUGCGAAGCCUCGAACUUGUGAACGUGUGCCUGGCAGGAGAACCUCAGCCCCGCCCACCAUCCAAGAGCAGGUCCAUUGCCUUCCCUGAGCUCACACGCCUCGUGGUGGCCGGGGCAGCGUCCUCCCCGGGGGUGCUGGCCGGCCUCAUGAGCGGCAACAGGUCACUUGAACACCUGUCCUUAGACGUGAACCAGGACGUCCUCACAGACCACGUGGUGCAGACUCUUCUCGCCCACAAUGACCUCCACCGCCUGACGUCCCUCCACCUUGGCGCUGGCAGCCUCUCACCCCCAACCCUCACUGACCUCCUGACCCUGCCGGCCCUCACCACCUUCACCAUGGACCUCAACAACUUCAGGCUCAUCCCAGAGGCCACCUUCAUCACCCUGCAGGAGGACCUCAGACGCGGCAACUGCUUAUGUCGCCUAGAGAGGUCAGCCGUGGAGUAGUGUACAUGUAGUAUACCUGUACCUUGAGAACUAGUGUGUGUGUGUAGUUAACUAGUCUCAUUACCUGUGGAGCACCUGCCUGGUUGUCGGAUAUCUUGUAAUUAGAUGUAAAUAGCUCUAUCACCUUCAUUAUCUCUCAUCACUAACUACUUCAUCACUCUUUGCACUGUGUAGUAUAUCAUUAUCUUGAGAGGCAGUGUGUGUGUAGCUAACUGGUGUCUUGUUGCUACUUGAGGGAAUUUUGUAAUUAGAUGUAAAUAGCCCUGUCACCUCCAUUACCUUUCAUCACUAAGUACUUCAUCACUUUUUGCACUGUGUAUUAUAUCAUCAGCACCCUCAGCUUCACAUAACAUCAUAGGCAGCAUGCAUGUAGUGUGAUCACAUGUAUUAAUUUCUCUUGUAAAAUAGACCUUCAUAUUUCCAUGCAUCGUUUCAUUCAGCCUGUUUUGUGUAGAUACAUGUCCUGGUGUAUGUUUUAAGUGUCCAAAGAAUGCUUACAAAGACAACCUUGAAUAUGAAU